AUGACCAUCCAGAACCGCGGUCUCGCUUCUUCGCGCCGGAAGUCGCGCGCGGCGCACUUCAAUGCUCCCUCGAGCCAGCGCCGUGUGAUCAUGAGUGCUCACCUCUCCAAGGAGCUCCAGGCCAAGUACAAUGUCCGCUCCAUCCCCAUCCGCCGCGACGACGAAGUUACCGUUAUGAGGGGCUCCCAGAAGGGCCGUGAGGGCAAGGUCACCAGCGUCUACCGUCUGAAGUGGGCCAUCCACGUUGAGCGUGUUGUUCGCGAGAAGAGCAACGGCCAAAGCGUUCCUCUUCCUCUCGCUCCCUCGAACGUCGUCAUCACCAAGCUCAAGCUUGACAAGGACCGUGAGCAGAUCCUCGAGCGCAUCGGCAAGGGUCGCGAGGCCGUCAAGAGCAAGUCUGCUUAAGGGUUUUUCUUUCUCUGGGGUUCAAGUUCAUUUACAAUAGCGGUGAUUGUAACGAGGGGAUUUCUAGAUGACUCGAAAAAAAUGCGAGAUCCAACCUACGAUCAGG